AUGGUGCCUGGGGAUCCAGAGGGGUGCUCCUUCCCCAAAUACCCUGUCCCAGAAAUAAACUCUCCAACGCGGGCAGCCCAGCCCGCUCUGUCACCCAAGACAGAGCCCAGGGCUCGGCUUUUGGGUGACACCAACUUGGACGCCCCAGGGACAAAUCUCUACUCCUCGGUUCUUAGGGCACCACAGUGUUCCGUGACAUUCCUACACCACAGCCUGCCCAGCCCUUCCCCCGUGACGGGCAUCCCUCCGUUUCCAGUUCUCUGCCGCCACAUAGAGCAGCCGUCAAUACCAAUCGCCAGCGAGACUCUCAGGACACGUGGUUCGAGCUGUGCCAGGGGCGGGCCAGGGAGAAGGAAACGAUGCUCGCUUUUAAAUCGGUUGGCGGCAGCGGCAGCGGUGACAGGUGCUUCUCUGUUGACUGUUACCAUGGAGGACACGGAGGGAGGCUCGAUCGGGGGAGCUGUUGUGGAAAAAGCUGACCCGGACACGCAGAACGAGCUUCCACUUUUGACUGAUGAGAAAUUUGACUUUGAUCUCUCGCUGUCUUCAUCCAGUGCCAACGAGGAUGACGAAGUCUUCUUUGGGCCCGUUGGGCACCGAGAGAGGUGUGUGGCUGCCAGCCUGAAGCUGCAGGGCCUGGUUCCCAUGGAAGACGAGCAGCCGCUCACGCUGAGCCCGCUGGCCGGGGAGAAGUUUAUUGAGAUCUUCAAGGAGGCGCGCUUGCUGGCUCUGCAGAUAGAGAGCAGCGGCAAGAAGACAGUGCCCAAAGCUCGCGAGCCUGAGCCAGCACUGGCACCAGCACCGGUACCGUCACCGGGCUCAGAGGAGGAGUUUGUGCAAGAGGCCAGGCAGAAGCUGGACAUCUUUGAGCGUGGCCUGGACAUGCAGACAAGCUCCCCAGCUCUCAAAAGGGAGACCUACUGCGUGCUGACCCCGGGGGUGGUCCCAGUGCCUGCUGCCAGUGCCCGUCUUCGGAACCAAGGGGUGGCUGAGAGAAAAGUCAUGAGCCGCCUGCAGCCCCCCAAGUCCCUGUCUAUGCCUGGAAAGGGGGCUCUGGCCAAGCCUCAAGCAGGGAAACAAGGCCAGCCUUUGAGGCUCCCCGCCAGGGACUCCAGUGUUUCCUUAGGGCUCCAGCCCUCGGAGCAGACCAAUGGCACGGCAGAAGCGAGCGCGUCCUCCACCAGUGGUGGUGGCAGUGCCACCAAAGGUCCCCCUGACCUCCCUGCCCCCAGCAAGUCUGGGGUGAGGAAAACCCUGCUUAAACCUCCCGGACCCACUAGGACCCUCCUCGGGGGACGGAGCACCUCUUUCUCAGGCUCUGUGUGUGGGGCAAAGGCGACUUCAAAUUCCAGCUUGUUGGGGACCCCGGCAAGAGGCAAAGCUAAACCAAGCGAGCCUUUCAGCCGUCUGGCCGACACACCUCGCCCCAAGCCCAGCAGCCAGCUGAGCCAUGGGAGCAUCCCCUGCCCUAAGCAAACCAGAGCUGCCCCAGCCUCCAUGCCCUUGGCUGGCCCAGCCAAGGAAUCUGCCUCAGUUUCCCUGAGGCAGCCCCAGACCCCCAGAACUGGAAUCCAGAGGCCAAGUUCCAACCCCAGCCUGCCACGGUCCUCACAGCCGAGCAAGCCCAGAGGGUCCGUGGGUCCCAACUCUGGCGCCAAGGUGGGGCCGCCUCCUGCCAACCCGCUUCGGCAUCCCACUUUCUCUAUAGGCGCCUCACCGGACAUGAUGACUCCCCGGCUUCCGUCAGGCCCCUCGUUUGCAAGCUCUGCCCUGCAUGGCACCCCUGCCCGGUGCUCCUCAGGAGGAGCCCUGUACCCCCUAGGCAGCAGCACCCGCACCCCUCUGAAUGUCCGCCGCCUGUCCACCCUGCCUACGCCAUCUGGGCGCCGAGCAUCAGCACUUCCCUUAUGGCCAACGCCCAGAACUGGACCAAGAGCCUCCUCCCCGCCCCAGCUGGCGACUACCCGGCCCCCUUCACAGGUGCCCCCCAAGAAGACCCAAGGCAGGCCCCAGCGAGCCCAAGAAACAAGCAGGCCGGAGACUUCUCCCCCAUCUGAGCCCCCUCUGGUGGUGCCUUUGGCCCUCGACUUUGCCUCUCCCGAGCAAAUGCCCCCUCGGACCCCUGGGGAGGAGAAGGCCAAGGAGCAGCCAGUGGAAAAGCCAGCCCCGCCCGAGGCUGUGCUUGUUCACAUCGGGUCCGAGACCUGUGCCACUGUCCCGGCAAUGCCAAGACCACCUCUCCGCAGCCAGCCGCUCCUUGACUUCUCCAACAGCCCUGAAGUGGACCGGCGGCAGCUCCCCCUGACGCCCGCCCUGGCCAGUGAAGGCCAGCUUCUCAUCGACUUGUUUCACUCUCCAGAAGUAUCCAAAAGCAUCCCGGCCAAGCCUCCGCCAGUCUCGGUACAGCUGAUCGACCUGAGCUCUCCACUCAUCAGCCUGAGUCCCCUGGAGGACAAAGAAAACCUGAGCUCUCCACUCCUCAAGUUCUAGGAGGGCCCAGCAGGCCCGAGCCUGGGGCCUGGGAGGGCGGCCUGGCAUCUCACCAGUGAACAAAAAUGUGCAAUUUAUUGGGGCAGAUCUGGGAAUCCGGUUGUUGUUUAAUGUCUAUUUUUAUCGUUUGUUUAAAAAGUCCAACAGAUUAAAUAAAAUGCUGUGAACCUGGCUUCUCUUUCCUGAUUACCCAAUGGACGA